AUGUUCUCCCACACAGGACCUGCCAGGUUUGCCCUGUUUCUGCUCUGCUGCAUGGAAGCUUCGCUGUUCUCCCACAUGGCGCCCACCCGUCGGCUACCAGCAAGUGACAUCCGAAAAAUCAUCUUGGAAUUACGGCCUCUGUCUAAGCGACUUCUGGAAGACUACCAGGAGACGGGAGUGCCAGCAUCCAACCAUUCCUCACUCCCGCUCCCGUGUCUCACCUCUGACUCCCAACCGCCACACAUCAACAGUUCUGCCAUCCUGCCUUACUUCAGGGCGAUCAGACGAUUGCCAGACAAGAACACUAUCGAUAAAAUCAUAGAACAGCUGGACAAACUCACAUCUCAACAUGAACCAGAAACAGAAGUUUCUAUGCCUGCAGACAACUUUCAACGUAAAAGCUUCAUCUUGACCGUUUUACAACAGUUCUCAGCGUGCCUGGACGGCAUGCUUAAAUCAUUGAACUCUGGACCCCAGUAG